GUUGCCAUGGCGAGGGCCGGGCGCGGGGCCCGCCCCCGCAGCGCCUCAGGGAGCGCGGGGCCCACUGACCCGCGGAAGCCAGCGGACCCACUUGCGCGGCGGUCGGCGCGGGGCGCGAGAUGAGGAAAUCGAGGCCGCAGAGAAGGGACUUACCCAAACUUAAGCUUUGUGUGGGCCUUGGAGCUAGGCUGAAGGAGAACCUGGAGUCUCACUGGGGGAUUCUUGAACCUCUGGUCUGAAUGAACAGCCGAUUGAUACAGCUCUCCACUGCAUGCAGUUUAGGAACCUCAGUCUCAGGUGACCCCACAGACUACCAGCACCCCCAGCUCCACCCUUGCUCUUCCCCGAGCGUGUCCUAACCCUAGCACUUGUGCCACAUCUAUCCAUUGGCCAAAAUGAGAACUGGGUGGCAGUUCCAGGCCCUUCUUUCAUGCCGAGGCUCUCCUGGCACUGGUGCACGCACACCUAAAGGGAGGCCUUUUCAUCAGACUUGCUCAGCCAGGAGCUCGGAGCCUUCCAUGUCACAUCCUGUGCUGGGACCCCUGUGCCAGAGGCUCAGCAGCUGUUCACUUGUUCAGCCCACUGCACUUACUGAGUGCUGCCUAUGAGUCAGGAACUGGCCAAGUUCUUAGGAUGCAGCAGGGAAACAAACAGUAACUGGCAUGUCAAGAAUUAAAACAAGGUGAUGAGAUAAGAGAAUGACAAGGUAACCACAGAAGAUCUCUGAGGAGGUUGCACUUAAGAUGUGAUCCGAGUCCCACAAAGGAGCAUGCUGUCCUAAGAUCCGGUGGAAGAACUUUCCAGACAGAAGGAGCAGCUGAUGAAGGUACUGGCACACGGAUGAGGAGUCGUAGAAGAGGGGCCUGCAGAUUGUGCUCUCAGCAAGCCUGUCGUCUAGUGGAAGACACUGGCCGGGACACAGAGCCCACGUGUGGACACCGCUGUGGGUUGGUGGCAGGGGUCGAGCAGGUGCCAUCAGGCACAUGAACGGUGGAGUCUUCAAAGGAGGCAGUUGGACCCUCGAGCAGGACAGGAACCUGCCCAGAGUCCCGUGGAGACACUGGGCAGCUUCCAGCUAGGAAGGUGUGAGCAGCUGCCGGAAGAGGAGGUGCUCCUGAAGACACUGCGGCCGGCCCGCCUGUGCCCUUGGUGCCCUGGCUGCCUAGAGAGCCUCACCCCUGGGCCCUGGGGCCAGGACUCCAGGACUCUGACUACCUGCCCUCCCCCAGCCUCAGCGGCUGCACCUCCUCAUUAGUACUGAUGCGCUGACCUCGGCACACAGCUGGGAGGGGUUGAGGGCUGGGUCAUGGCUGCUCCCAGGCCCCACCCAGGCUCCUGAGCCUAGAAGGUGAAAAGAGGACUCUCAGGGGCUCACAGGGGCUCUCACUGCUGGUUGGUCCUGCCCUCCCUUCCCCCUCAGCAAGGUGCCAGGAAGCUGGAACCUUGUUAUCUGGGUAAUUAGUUUCAGACCCUGGACUGAGGCCGGCCAGGUCUCGGGGCUGCCUCCCAUAGGUUGUGCACCCUGACCCCGAGAGGGAGGCGAGGCGCUGCUGGUCGACAGCUAGAGGCUGGCCUGGGGAGCAGGUUUGGGGUGCCCUCCCACACUGCCCUCCCUGCCCCGGCCCGUGCCCCCCAGGGCUGCCUGGGCCUGGUUAUUGUGUGGGGCCUCCUGACCCAGCCAAGGGCACGAAGCUCUGGGAAGGGGAUGCCCCCGAGGGUGCCAGUCCAGCUAGCUGCCCCACCCCUCAGGCCCAGCCUGGCCCCCAAGCUCCCCACUCUGGUGCCCCGAGCAGCCCUGUGGGCAAGCAGCCGCCGCCAUGGCCGAGCACCUGGAGCUGCUGGCAGAGAUGCCCAUGGUGGGCAGGAUGAGCACACAGGAGCGGCUGAAGCAUGCCCAGAAGCGGCGCGCCCAGCAGGUGAAGAUGUGGGCCCAGGCUGAGAAGGAGGCCCAGGGCAAGAAGGGUCCUGGGGAGCGUCCCCGGAAGGAGGCAGCCAGCCAAGGGCCCCUGAAGCAGGUCCUCUUCCCUCCCAGUGUUGUCCUUCUGGAGGCCGCUGCCCGAAAUGAUCUGGAAGAAGUCCGCCAGUUCCUUGGGAGUGGGGUUAGCCCUGACUUGGCCAACGAGGACGGCCUGACGGCCCUGCACCAGUGCUGCAUUGAUGAUUUCCGAGAGAUGGUGCAGCAGCUCCUGGAGGCUGGGGCCAACAUCAAUGCCUGUGACAGUGAGUGUUGGACGCCUCUGCAUGCUGCGGCCACCUGCGGCCACCUGCACCUGGUGGAGCUGCUCAUCGCCAGUGGCGCCAAUCUCCUGGCGGUCAACACCGACGGGAACAUGCCCUAUGACCUGUGUGAUGAUGAGCAGACGCUGGACUGCCUGGAGACUGCCAUGGCCGACCGUGGCAUCACCCAGGACAGCAUCGAGGCCGCCCGGGCCGUGCCAGAACUGCGCAUGCUGGACGACAUCCGGAGCCGGCUGCAGGCCGGGGCAGACCUCCAUGCCCCCCUGGACCACGGGGCCACGCUGCUGCACGUCGCAGCCGCCAACGGGUUCAGCGAGGCGGCUGCCCUGCUGCUGGAACACCGAGCCAGCCUGAGCGCUAAGGACCAAGACGGCUGGGAGCCGCUGCACGCCGCGGCCUACUGGGGCCAGGUGCCCCUGGUGGAGCUGCUCGUGGCGCACGGGGCCGACCUGAACGCAAAGUCCCUGAUGGACGAGACGCCCCUUGAUGUGUGCGGGGACGAGGAGGUGCGGGCCAAGCUGCUGGAGCUGAAGCACAAGCACGACGCCCUCCUGCGCGCCCAGAGCCGCCAGCGCUCCUUGCUGCGCCGCCGCACCUCCAGCGCCGGCAGCCGCGGGAAGGUGGUGAGGCGGGUGAGCCUAACCCAGCGCACCGACCUGUACCGCAAGCAGCACGCCCAGGAGGCCAUCGUGUGGCAACAGCCGCCGCCCACCAGCCCGGAGCCGCCUGAGGACAACGAUGACCGCCAGACAGGCGCAGAGCUCAGGCCGCCGCCCCCGGAGGAGGACAACCCCGAAGUGGUCAGGCCGCACAAUGGCCGAGUAGGGGGCUCCCCAGUGCGGCAUCUGUACUCCAAGCGACUAGACCGGAGUGUCUCCUACCAGCUGAGCCCCCUGGACAGCACCACCCCCCACACCCUGGUCCACGACAAGGCCCACCACACCCUGGCUGACCUGAAGCGCCAGCGAGCUGCUGCCAAGCUGCAGCGACCCCCACCUGAGGGGCCCGAGAGCCCUGAGACAGCUGAGCCUGGCCUGCCUGGUGACACGGUGACCCCCCAGCCUGACUGUGGCUUCAGGGCAGGCGGGGACCCACCCCUGCUCAAGCUCACAGCCCCGGCGGUGGAGGCUCCAGUGGAGAGGAGGCCGUGCUGCCUGCUCAUGUGAGGCUGUUGCUCAGCGUGCAGGGGCCCUGUGGCGGGCACAGCCCACGGCUGCCUCCCCAUGGUGCGUGCCCUGGUGCUACGGGUGCAGCACGGAAACCCCGGCUUCUACUGUACAGGACACUGGCCCCUCUCAGGUCAGAAGACAUGCCUGGAGGGAUGUCUGGCUGCAAAGACUAUUUUUAUCCUGCAACUCUUGAUAAAGGGCUGUUUUGCCAUGGA